AUGUGGAAUGCUAUUGCCGAUAUAGCUAGUAAUAAUAAUGAAAGGAGAUUAGAAGAACGUAUUGAAAAGCGCCGUCGAGGUAAACGUAAUAAUUCAUCAUCCACACUUGGUGCAAAACAUAACACAACUUUCAUUUCUCAACCACUCCAGCAACAACAACAGCUUACAACAACCACCUUCAUGACACAUACGAGUGAUGAUAUCGAAAUGACAGAUAAUUUUGAAUUGGGUGGCUCAGGUUUAUUAACGGACGACAGUGACGACGGCUACCACGAUGACGUACAGUAUUUGUUGGCUUCUACAACCGCCACUAAUAGAGAUGAGGACGAUGAAGAUGAACAAAUUAAUUUUAAUAAUUUAUUUCAACAUAAAAUAAAUCUCGCCAGUGAUUAUAUAUUGGAUGAUAAUGAAGAAACACCAAACGAAUUAUAUGUCAAAGAUACCCGUCCUCUUCAUGAAUAUACACGCGCCACUGUAGGUGAAACGUGCGAAAAUUUAUUAAGAAUGAAUAGAAAAUCAUGUUUGAGUAAAAGUAUAAUGAAUGAAAUUUUAAAAGAAUUUUCACGUGUUCUGCCAUUUCCAAAUAAUCUACCUAAUUCAUUCGAUAAAUUAUUAGAUAAUGUAGGUAUAUUUAAUUAUUUUUCCAAAACAAUUUUAUGUGCAAUUUGUUAUCACGAAAUUGACCCAAAAGUUAGAUUAUGUACAAAUCAUUCAUGUAAACAAUAUCGUACAUUAUAUCCACAAAGUUUUUCCGUAUACACAUCUAAUGCAAAAGCACAAUUAGAACGAAUUGUUAUUCGUAAUUUGAAGGAAAUUCAAAAUUAUAGGGAAAAUUUUAACAAAAAAGACUUCCUUGAAAAAAACGAUGAUAUAGUAACGGGUCAAAUUUAUCAAAAAGCACUGAAGAAACAUCGUGAACAAGGUGACUGUCCAUUUAUUAGCUUGCAGCUGCAUUUAGAUGGAUUACCAUUAGUCAAGAGUUCAAAACUGGGUUUAUGGGCCUUAAGCUCUACAGUAAUCGAGCUACCUCCUCAUAUCCGUAAUAGACGUCGGAAUACAUUGUUACUAUCGGUAGUUGUGGGCUAUGGGAAGCCAGAUAUCAAUAAAUGGCUGAAUCUUAUCGUUCGAGAAUUAACGGUAAUCCAAGAAAAUGGAUUAGUAAUCAAACAACGAAUUGGUGAUGGGAUAACGGUUCAAUUUCGCUACCAUAGUAUAAUUGGUGAUUUGCCGGCUUUGUCGUAUAUUCUGUCAUUCAAAGGUCAUACGGGCUAUAAUUCAUGCUUUUUUUGCUGCAUACCUGGAAGUUAUAUAAAUCGACGAGUCCAAUUUCCAUAUGAACAAAAUAUAAAAUUACGAUCCUCGCCUGAUUUUCCGACAACAAUAAUUACCGAUCUUUUCGAAAAUGAUUUUCCUAACCGCAUCUGUAUUGACUAUCUCCAUACUUCGUUGUUACGUCAUUUUAAAACGAUAACGUCAGAUUUAACUUUAACACUAUCGAAAAAAGAUCGAGAAGAAUUAGACUUAUUAUUGAAAAGUCAACAAUUUCCACAUACUUUUAAUCGAAGAUUGCGUGGUAUAGUUGAUCUAGCUUUUGUAAAGGCUAGUGAAUGGCGUAAUUUAUUAUUCUAUGGAGUUGUACCAUGCUUUAUAUUAUAUUUUGAAAUUGAAAUUAUUUCAUAUAUUUCAUUACUGGUGUGUGCGCUCAGAUAUUUGCAUGAUGAUCCAUUUCACUUUCAUUGUAAAGAUCGUGAACUGCGAGCAAAAAACUUACUAAAUGUAUAUUUAAAACACAAUGCCAAAUAUUUUCCUGAUCGACAAUCAAUGACAUUUCAUCAACAUUUGCAUUUUGCGGACCAGUUUCACCGACACGGAAGUAUCAGUUCCCUUUCCACAUUUAACUUUGAAGACUUUUUAGGAAGUGUACUGCUAUGGCAUGUACAAGAAUCGGAAAGACGAUUAGCUGCGUUAGGUCACCCAAGUCAAAGAUCAUGUGAAGCAUUGGAGAGUUUGACAAAUGACUAUGACGACGGAAAUAACAAUCAAACUGCUAAUGCAAAUGAAGAUGAUGAACAUCUACCACAUGGAGAUACAGCACGAUUUGAAGAGAUUGGAUCGUCUGCGUUGACAAGUGGUCAACAUGCAGUAGUAAUACGAUCACAAACACAUGCUGCUGAUAAUGAUAAUCUGCAAAAUACUCAAAGUCAGUAG